UUUUGACUAAUUUAACUAUGCCUUUCAAGAAGGUCAAACGAGAUGACAAACAUCCAGUUCGGUACCGAAUGGUCACUGUCGAGCCAGUGUUGCUACUUGGAAUGCUAGCCAUGGGAAUUCUCUGGACGCUGCGGACGCAAUACACGAAACAUCGUGUAUCGGAAAGUUACAAUGUAACGUCUUCAUUACCUGAAGACAAUGGAACUAAGUGUUCUUCGAAUGAAAGUGAUCACGAUUCUGAAAUAGACAGUCAAAUUCAAUCAGAGACGUCUCUCUUAGUAAUGUACAUGUCUGUGGCAGAGUGUCUCCCACCGUUGUUUGUGUCGAUGAUCGUCGGGUCGUGGAGUGAGGUUUACGGCCGUAAAUUUGCGAUGUUGAUUCCGUCUGUUACAUUCGUUGUUGUUUGUGGUUUAUACCUCGUUGUUGUUUACAUGGAACUAAGUGUUUACUUUCUCAUUGGUGUCAACUUAAUCCAGGGUCUUGGUGGUGAUGUUACUCUGUUCAACGCAGCAUGCUUCACAUACAUGGCCGAUAUUACUCAAAGCAAGCCGCGAAUGUUUCGGAUGAUAAUUUUAGAAACAACAAUUUAUGCAGCAUCUGGACUCGCCCAGGUUUUUCUGGGUUACCUCUUGAAAUGCAGAGGUUACAAAGCUACAUUUUGGUUAGCAUUUUCGUUAAGUAUUGCUUGUGUAAUAUGGAUCAUAACUCCUGGACUACUUAAAGAGUCCAAACAAACACAUCAUGUUAAAGGAAUGGUAACCCAUGGUUCUAGUGGGGAAAGGGAAUCUCCAAAGACAUUGUGUAACCAACUUAAACAAAUUCCAAAAGUAUUUGGCAAAAGUGAUAAUGAACCUCAGCGUAAAUAUAGACUGAUGAUCGUUUUGGCCAUUUACUUCAUAUAUGUGCUAAUGUGGGCAAGUUUUACAUCACUUGUAACAAUCUACGGUCUUGGUCAGCCAUUUUGUUGGUCUCCUGUAAUUGUUGGAUACUACAGUGCAGCGGGGGCUCUCUUUUCAGGACUCGGAAUGUUAAUAGGCGGAAAAUUACUGGGUCUGUGUUUGAGUAAUUUGUGGAUUGUUCAAAUUAGUUUCAUGUCGGCAAUAGCUCAGGCUAUGUUGUCUGCUGUUGCACCAAACACACUGGUUCUAUUAUUGUCAACAGGAGCAGGGUCCCUGAGGUCACUUGCAUCACCCUUGGCAAAAACCAUGACUGCUGACCUAGUUUCUGAAAACGAACAAGGUGUAGCAUUUGCAACUUUAGCCAGUGUCCAAUCCAUCGCAGGAUUCCUGUCACCUCUUUUGCUGUACUCAAUAUACUCAGCUACGACAUCGUUUCAUAGACAAUUUACGUUCUACCUCGUUGCAGUAUUAUGUACAGUACCCAUGUGUCUGACCAGCGUACUCCAAUUGACAUGGAAAAACACUAAAUAUUCAAAGAUUUUAAAUAAUAUGGAUCAAUCGAGAGAAGACCUUGGAGCCGUCAAUUAUGAUGUUGGCCCAAACGGAGAAGAAGAAGAAGAAGAAUCGCACAAUAAGCAUUAGUCUAUAACGUUUGUUUUUAAGUGAAUAAUGCAAAAAUAAAAAGAUUAAAAAAAAUAUUUUAGCUAUAUUUAAAUAAUCAUGUUUAAAUUUGUUUCUAAAUGAUUUUAAAAAAAAUAAUUAAAGCGUGUUAAGCAUGUUAUUGCAGUUACCGACCCUACAAAGAAACACCAUAGCUACCGCCAAUAUUCCAGUCAAUGUAAAGAAUACGGCUGGUGCGUAGAUCUCAGAAGCCAUUUUGUAAAUAUUGCCAGUUAACGUAACGUAGUGUGAGUACUACUGUUUUUUUUUCUGGAUCAACACAAAUGAAAAAUUUCAUACAAAUUAUAUUUGGAUCCAAAUAAAUUUAUUUCAAGAUUGCCAGUUAAGUAUUAGCGGUGUUGGGAACACUCCCAGGCCUUCCAAGGCACAGACAAAUGCAAACAAUUACCUGUAGCUAAAUAAUGCAUAUAGUUGUUAAGUACUUCAUAGAAUCGAUGGAUGGUUUCUAUAAUGAAUAAUAUGCCGAUUAUUGUCUAAAACAGUGUUCAACAAAGUAAAGUUUAUUCAU